CAGUCUACUUAAGAAGCAUACAUUUCCAUCCCUGGAUUAUGACAGCAAAAAUCCUACAAGAAUCUCCUUCAGAUAUAUAUGCAGUCCAGGUUACAUCAGCGUGAGAGCUGUUAAGUCUGUUGUUAAGUACACUUGGCCAAGAUAUUCAUAAUGGAGACCUCAUUUCCCAAAAGACAACAUGUCAGAGACUUUAUAAAAAUUGUCUCCUUGUAUCUCAUUUUAAUAUGGCUUGUAGCCUUAGUUGAUCCAACUCAAGACUAUUACGGUUUACUUGGAAUAUCCAAAGAAGCAACAAGUAGGGAAAUUAGGCAGGCUUUCAAAAAGUUGGCUCUAAAGCUGCACCCUGAUAAGAACCAGAACAACCCAGAGGCACAUGAAAAUUUCUUGAAAAUAAAUCGAGCGUAUGAAGUAUUAAAAGAUGAAGAUCUGAGGAAAAAGUAUGAUAAAUAUGGUGAGAAAGGUCUGGAAGAUCACCACGAAGGAGGUCGCUAUGAAAGCUGGCACUAUUACCGCUAUGAUUUUGGUAUCUAUGAUGAUGAUCCUGAAAUCAUAACAUUAGAUAAAGGAGAAUUUGAUGCUGCUGUUGGUUCUGGAGAAUUGUGGUUUGUAAAUUUCUAUUCUCCUCGAUGUUCACAUUGCCAUGAUUUAGCACCCACGUGGAGAGAGUUUGCUAAAGAAAUGGAUGGAUUAAUACGCAUUGGCGCCGUCAACUGUGGUGAUAACAGAAUGCUUUGCCGGAGUAAGGGAAUCAACAGCUACCCCAGCCUCUAUGUCUUCAAAAGUGGAAUGAAUCCAGUGAAAUUUUAUGGUGACAGAUCACAGGAGAGUUUAACAAAUUUUGCCAUGCAGUAUGUCAAAAGCACGGUGACAGAACUAUGGGCAGGAAAUUUUGUUAACACUGUUGAAACUGCAUUUGCUUCUGGUAUUGGCUGGUUAAUUACCUUUUGCACUGGACAAGGAGAUUGUUUGACUUCUCGAACACGCCGUAAACUGGCUGGCAUGUUGGAAGGCCUGGUUAAAGUAGGCUGGAUGGACUGUGCCACCCAGGGUGAGCUUUGUGAUAGUUUGGAUAUCUCAUCUAGCACAACAGCGUAUUUUCCACCUGGAGCCACCUUAACUAAUAAAGAGAAAGGAGGUGUUUUGGUGGUACUUGUUAAUUUUAAGUGUUUGGCUAUUGCUGGCAUUAAGUUUUGUGUAUUGGAGAACACCUGGAAAAAUGUUCUGUAUGAUUUAGUGGCCUUUGCCAAGGAGAGCGUGAAUUCCCACGUCAUUACACUUGGACCUCAAAAUUUUCCUGGCAAGGAGAAAGAACCAUGGCUUGUUGAUUUUUUUGCACCUUGGUGUCCUCCAUGCCGGGCUUUAUUGCCAGAACUGAGGAAAGCAUCAAAGCAUUUGUAUGGACAACUAAAAUUUGGAACAUUGGAUUGUACGGUUCAUGAAGGAAUUUGCAAUUUGCACAACAUUAGAGCGUAUCCAACCACUGUGGUAUUCAAUCAGUCUCACACACAUGAAUAUGGAGGACAUCACUCAGCUGAACAGAUCUUAGAGUUUAUUGAGGAUCUUAUGAACCCAUCAGUGAUUUCUCUAACACCAGAUACCUUCACUGAGCUAGUGAAGAAAAGGAAGAAUAACGAAAUCUGGGUGGUUGAUUUUUAUGCUCCCUGGUGUGGUCCCUGCCAAGCUUUAAUGCCAGAAUGGAAGAAGAUGGCACGGUUGCUGAAUGGACUGAUUGUAGUCGGUAGUGUGGACUGCCAAAAAUAUUUUUCUCUGUGUCAUCAAGAAAAUAUUCAAGGCUAUCCUGAAAUAAGGCUGUUCCCGCAAAAAUCAGCUUCCUCUUAUCAGCACUAUUAUCUGCCUCAAGUGUCUCUGGAUUUGACAUCUCAGAGCUUCAGUGAUAAAGUUCUGAAUGGAAAGGACCAUUGGGUCAUUGACUUCUAUGCACCUUGGUGUGGCCCUUGCCAAAAUUUUGCUCCAGAGUUUGAGAUACUCGCAAAGACUGUUAAAGGAAAAGUGAAAGCUGGCAAAGUUGACUGCCAAGCCUAUGCUCAUACGUGUCAAUCUGCUGGCAUCAGAGCCUAUCCAACAGUUAAAUUUUAUCCUUAUCAAGGAACAAAGAAAAAUAUUUUGGGGGAGCAGAUCGAAAGUCACGAAGCAAAAGUCAUAGCCCAACUACUGAUGGAGAAAGUGGAAACCCUUAAAAAGAAGAAAAAACAGUCUUCCAGAAAAAAGGAUGAACUCUAACUUAAGAAGUGAAUUCAAAUCAUAGUGAAUCUGCAGCAGUGGCCUGAUCAGAUCAUGUUCCUCAAGAAGAAAAGGAAAUGCACUGAAAUUCCUGGGCACGGGAAUCUUCUACGACUAUUAAGGAACAUGUUCCGAAUCAUCCAAAGUGUACAUUUAGUAUCAGAGACGUCAACUCCGGCAAUCAGUUUGGUACCCUAACUGCAUCUCAGGAAGGCUGUUCUUCUUUGAUUAUGGACAUGGGACAUGAUGGGUAUUGGGUUGAUUUCCCCCCCCCCCUUUUUUCUUUCCACCUUCCAUUCGUACUCUAGAGAAUCAUCUUUUUCUGUGUUGAAAAAAGAUCCUCAAUAAGAUGGCAGGUGAAUAGUCUUUUCUUCAAGACAGAAAGACUUAGCAAAUCUCUUCAUCUCUGAGGGAAAAAGACUGAACUUUGGUUUUGUCUCUGAGGGGAAAAAGGUUUUACUGUUAGUGCGCUUUGUCAAGGAUUCACUGAGUAAGCUAAAGAUCUAGGAAUGAUCAAUCCCCUUUAACAUUCAACCCUCUUUGUGUAGAAUAUGAGUUACCCCAACCUCUAGACUAUGUUGAAGAGCACUCAGAUCAUCACAAACAACUGCAUGAAGAUUCCAGUGCAUGGCAGUUAAGAGAAAGCCAUGCUUGGAUUGGUGGAACAUUUUGUGGAACUCCACUGUAAGUGCUCAAAGAGCCAUGACGUCGUCUCUAGGGUCAUACAGAGAACUCGAUUCAGCAGCUGGCAGUAAAUACACAAGGUUGCAGUGUUGCAAGCUAAAGCAGUUUGGUUUUUCAUCCCAGGCUAAAGAGUUUCCUUCUGCAGAUUGUAAUGAUAUAUCUAAGAACAUUAAUGAACAGAGGGGUUAACCAUCGUGGCUUCUUGAAGCAACAGUGAGAUAAUAUUGGCAUGGAAAUUUAUUGAUUUCAGCAAAAUUUACUUCCAGGUAAGCAACUGUAGAAGAACUUAAGCUUAAAGCUUUUUUACAUCAAAUCAGAUACACCUUUUAAAAAGCAAGCCUAUAAAAAGAUAUAUCUGGAUGGAAUUUUUCCAGUUCAGAGAACACCUUUUUCAGUUUGUGCCACAACAGAAUUAUUCUGGUGUUUUUUUUAGAGCAGGAUAGUCAAACCUGCAUCUGAGGCGUGCAGUGUGCUUUGUUGCCAGCCUAUGUCUUAAGAAGCAGAAUUAUAAAACAUAAAUCUAUAUUUCAAGUGCCUUCUGAACAUUUACUGAUUGUGAAGCUUGUAAUAUUGGGAACCUAGUUGAGAUAUUCCCAUUAGACUUGUUCAGGGAUUGAGAGCAGUGUCCUUGAUGCACACCCAUACAGUAUAAUACUUGUCUGAUGCCAACAAGACCUAUAAAAUUAUGAACUCUAUUUCAAGUUCUGAAAGUCUAUAUUUCACUUGUUCUCACACUUUUCCUUGCAACUCUCUUGCUAGUUACUUGAGAGAGAAAAACCUUUCUCUACUUAAAAAUGAAGUGUGUUUAAUAUUGACACAAGAUGACUGGCAGUAUUGUUUUAAGAUAAGGACACUACUUUUCACACUUAUAGCCUUUUUGAUUAUCUGCCCUCAAGUUGAGGUCAAUUAUUGGUGACCACAUCCUAAUUGUUACCGACUUCUUGUAUGUGUAAUAUUUGUCUGCAUAUGGAAGGGUCAGGAAGGAUAUAUGUACUUCCAUAAUCUGAAAUAUCCAUACCCAGAUGUAAUCAAGGAUAGCAGAGCUAGGAACGCAAAUCUUGUUAUAAAAUUUCCAGAUAUGCUUCUUCCAAGGCUAAGGUUACAGACAUUGCUGGUGAAUAGAAAGCAAAACAAGAAUAUGAUUUGGUCUGUAAUAGAAAAUAAUAGAUAAAAUGGCUACAUCUAUUGAUAAAUGUUUUUGUUCAUCGGUUUCUCAUAUAGCCUAUUUGGGGUUCAGGAUUCAGUAAUGUAAACAAAUAUUUUAAAAUGCUGCCUUGCAGGAAGAGGGAGAAAAAUCUGUCUGCCAUUUACUUUUACUCUUAGAAAUUGAUUUGCAAAUUAUUUUCUGUAUGUAUACCUGAGAAUGGGUUUUGCCAAUAAGGAAGCUUGAUUUAUGACAGGGUUUGGAAGAUCUCUUAGGCUUAUCUACCUUUGAGCUCCUUGACGAUACAAUCUAGGCCAAAGAUUCUACAUUGUAGGAAAACACUCCUGUAUUCUUGAAUGUUUAAGUAUGUAGUCAUACUUUUGGAUACUAGACUGGAAGAAAAAUAAGCAAUUGAAGAAACACAGAAUUAACAUUUGAUUAAUUGGGCUUGCAUUUGAAGAAGUCUUCGUGUAAGUAGCCUGAACUCAUUUGUGAGAUGGGCCCAUUAUUGGCUACAGUAAUGGGAGUCAAGUAUAUGUGAAGGCACAAAAGCUAAAACAAUUUGUCUGGAGAAAAAACAUAAACCAUACCUGUUCCUGGGUGCCUGUACUUCUAUGUAUUACAAAGAGGACCUUUAUAAAUGUUUGGUGUGCGAAUGGCAAUUCUGUUUUAAAAUCAGUUGUAAAAUUUACAAAUAAAGAACGCUAUUCUUUUUAUCCCUUUUAAACAGAACAGAUACAGAGCUACACACUGUGACUGACAAAAGUUCAUGUCUCACUCCAUGAUUGUAUUGUAAACCACAGUUUAUGAUAAAUUAAACUGUAUUUCAGGAUUGUGGUA